GUACGCUGCAGUCAAGGCAGUCAGAUAUUCAUCGACACAAAAGACAAAAUCGUAUUCAUCGGAUCAAGCUUCUCGACCGGUGACGACAACACGGAGGUUCCGAUUCCGUUAACGAUGGCAAACUACACGAUGGAGGAAAUCAAGCAGAUAAUCCGCUCGAUCGCGAUUUCCGGCACCUCAGCUGGAAUGUCAGUGAAGGGACUGGUUCAAGAUUUUAAAAAGAUGGAAGGUUACGAUCUGCCCUACCAGCGGUUGGGAUUCCGUUCGGCCGAUGAUUUUCUGCGCAGUUUGCCCGAUACCGUCACGGUUCAAGGCUAUGGCACAUCAGCACUGGUUGAACCUGUUGUGACGAAAAGCAACCAACACAUUCGCGAUAUGGUCCAGCUCAGUAAGACGAACUCACGAAGACGCCCUUACAAAAACAACUACGUUAUUCCAGCGAAUCGGGCUUCCAAUAACAACUAUGGUAGAAGUAAUGGUCAAUUCUAUGCCAAAUCUGGCGACAAUAACGGAUUACGGAAUCGUACAAACUAUAAUCGUCCGGCAAACAGUACUUACGAUGCAGUAAACCAUGACGUUCCCCGAAAGGUUUCAAAUAGAGAAUAUGAUUUCUUGGAUACGGCAGAUAUAAAUGAAUCCGAAAGUUCAGACGAAGGACCAAAAUUCGUUGUAACCGAGGACAAAAAGCUCGCGCAGGUUAAGGACUCAAUGCAAAAGAUAAAAAUUUCGUCUCCACCAAAUUCCCGAUCCGAAGAGGCCAUCCCGGAUAAUGUCUUGAGGCUGAUAAACUCAGUGGAAAUUCCGGAAGAUGCCAUGAAUCUAACCGACACAAUCAGAGUCGCAUCAAUUCCGGAAAGUGUAAUUCCGAAGAAAUCGGUGCAAAUUUAUGUGACCGAAGUUCACAAUCCUAAUCGCGUGUGGUUCCACUUCAAGGAAAAUGCCGAAACAAUAGCCGAACUGAUGAAUGAACUGGAUGUCUACUAUUCAUAUCUUGAAGGCGAAGAGUGGCGCUUAAAACCUUCCAAUGUAGUUGUCGGAUUUUACUGUGCAGCGUUGUUCCUCGGCAUGUGGCACAGGGCUAAGAUUGUGGAAGAUCUGAGAAACAAUAAGAUAAAAGUUUUCUUCAUCGACUAUGGAACGGUGAGUUUCAUGGAGUUGAAAGAUGUCAAGUUCUUGGCAAAAUGCUUCAGAAGAACGCCGGCGCAGUCCAUGCGCGCUUCCUUGGCGUAUGUGAAACCAGUCGGCCAUUGGUGGACACAUGAAGCUUCCUGGGAAUUGCUUUCGCUGGUUAGCGAAAAGAUCCUGCAUGCCUAUGUGGUUGACGUAGAUAGAAAGGAUAAUUUCAUGGAUGUGGUUUUGGUAGACAACACCAAAGCAAAGGACCGUAUUAUCAAUCAGCAACUGUCCACCAAAGGACAUGCCAUUUGGGAGCAAGAUCAGUCGUACGAGGAAAAAAGCACAGAAACUUUCCGCAGCCGCGCGAAAUCGUUUUGGGAGUUGUUUCCUCGAUUUGAAGAGAUAGAGAGCGGAGAGUAUCCCACACUGGUUGAGCUAGGAGAGAGCUUAUCAACAGGCUUUAACUUCGAACAAUACUUUAUCCUAUCCCUAUAUGAUGACGAACCAUAUUUGAAACACAUUCUGACUAAGGCGGUAGCCGUUGACCCAAGUGUGAUAGUCAAUGCCGAUUCAGAAGAGUACAUCGAUUACACAAACUACAUGAAAGUGGUAGAAUCAAGUCAACCCGAAGAUGACGACGGCUUCUGUCAAGUUCCAUCUAUUUUGGAAAUAGUACCAGACCAAAGUGCAGUGAUUGACGACAGCCAUACACAAGUUGUGCCAGAAGUAAAGGACACUGUUACUGUUCCCGUCUUGAAACCCAAGAAGCAAGUAACAUUUGUGGAUCCAGAAUACGUAAUUAUACCGAUGUACGAGUACUAAAUUUUGACGCAUUUUAACUAGAAUCAUUGUCAUAACUUCUCCGAUCAGUCUUCUAGGCAAAUCUUCUCUUCACAAAAUCAAUAUGUUUCAACAUUAAUUCAAUUUUAUUCUUGCCAGAUCUGUUGUGUCUGUCUCAUCA